AUGAUUUCGGAACAAAUACACCUGGUUCAGCACCACGUCGUCACAUCGCAAGGACAAAACAUCAGGUGUAAGGGUGUACAAAAACUUAGAUCGCCCAACUCUUCGAAGGUUCGUCUCGGACAACUUCACAUGGAUGAUCUGACUGUCGAAGAUGAGAAGAAGCCUUUCGAGGCCGAACACAACGAUGAAGAUGCUCAACCAGACCCUGAUGAGGAGCUAAUGUUGGACAAGGGAAACGGGAGAGUAUGGCUUGUCAAGAUACCUAAACAUCUCAUGGCCCGCUGGGCGGCCAUUGACGCAGAGGAUGUUCAUCUUGCCACAAUCCGGGUGUAUAAAAAUGCCGUCAGCCCAUCUGGUCGAUCCCCUCGCAUCUUCUUGUUCUUGCCGCCUGACCCGAAUGACACAACCCCACGGGAUCUAAGUCUGCCGGUCUUUUCUCCAGAUGCAGCCUUCAUACCUUCUGUUGAGGGGGGCAUGCAGGUAGACAGAUAUGAACUUGAAAUGGUCAACGAGGACGUUGAGAAUCAGCUGGUAGUCGCAGAACGUCCCAAAGACCCUGGACCUUCUGGACCAAACUCCGCCUCGUAUAACCCUCGAGCUAGAACAACCAUUCUAACGGGUCGCAUUAAACAUGAAUGUAAUUUGCGUCCUCUUUUCAACGAGUCAUACAGGCAACAAAUGCGCGAACGAACUCGAAAAUAUAAUACCCCACGAAGGCAGAUCCUUAUGAUAGAAGAUGCUGGUGUUAGCCGCGGAGGCAUUAACAGGUUGAGCAGUGGAGUCAACUCGGGAUCGUUUGCCAAUAUGAUUAAAUUUCGACCCAAACCUGCCAAGGGCACAUUUGAGCGUAUGGCGCGUAUGCCACGCAACCAGCUGCUGGAUCUUCUCUUCACACUCUUUCGCGAGCAACCCCGGUGGAGCAUCAAGCCAUUGCGCGAGCGCACCCAGCAACCCGAGGCAUAUCUCAAAGAGGUCCUUCUUUCUAUUGCUACCUUGAAUCGGAGUGGAGAAUACAAUGGAAUGUGGGAGCUGAACGAUGUGUUCGCCAAAGAUGGGGUAUUUCAUUUUAGUUAUGGUUAUUUUUCAGAACUGAAGUCUAGAGAACAGAUGAAAGCCGAAAACGUCCCUGGGCCAAGUUCUCUUCCAGAAGGAGUCUCCGGUGAUAUGGGGGCGGAUGAAUAUGACGAGGACGAAGACGACGACGACGACGACAUGGAGGAAGUUUCAUAGGUUUGCAUCACAGACAGGUCUCAUCGCUUCUUCCGUGUAUAUAUAGCUGCCUUCCAUAAACACGCGCAGUUAUUGAUCAGGUACCAAUUCACCCGUGUAAAAACAGCAGAACUUAAUACAUAAUGCAAGAUAGAAGGCAGAGUUUCU